GUUCUCAUGAACCUUUGUGGGAAAAGUACUGCGGUGUGAAUGCGCCUAAGGAGACAUAUGACGUAUUGCUUAUUUGGAUAUUUAAAUAUUUCCCUGCAUCACAGCACAGGAUACUUCAGCACAGGAUACUUCUCAAAGAGUGAAAUCAGAAAUGGAUGCUAAAGUGCUUUUGAUUUUCGUCAUUUUUGGAUUUGGUCCCGUGCCCUCACACUCUCAGGCCCCUCUUGUUAUUCGUGAGUACCACUAUGUCAACCUGUUGAUGAACUGGACCAGCGCUCAGCACUACUGCAGAGAGAAAUACUCCGACCUGGCAACCUUUGAAAGCAUGGAUGACAUUCGUAAGGUAUACAGACCUAGUCAGCACCAGUAUGCUUGGAUUGGACUGUCUGAUGAUCCACAAUCUUGGAAGGGAAUUAUGGAUACACUUCCUCCAGGCGAGAAAACAUAUACUUUAUAUGACACCCAAGCUCGUGCAUGGGAGGAUGCCCAGACCUACUGCAGAGCACACCACACAGACCUGGCUAUGAUUGAGAACGCUCAAGAAAACACAGAUAUGUUGUCAAUUACGUCAGAACAUUCUGUGUGGAUUGGCUUGUACAGAGUGCUUUGGAGGUGGUCGGACAACAGCAACAGCUCCUUUAGAAACUGGAACAAAGGUCAACCAAAUAACUAUUUUGGUAACCAGUACUGUGGAGCUGACGACCAAGGCCAAACGUGGCACGAUGUUGAGUGUUACACGGAGCGUCCCUUCUGGUGCCAAGUUGUAGGGGUGAAGAUCACGGUGUUGAGGGUGAAGAUUCAGACUGAUGCUGACCUUUCAGAUCCAGCUACUAAUCAACAAAUCCUACAGCAGCUACGUGAAAUUCUCAGGGACAAGAUACCGGCUGACUUUACCCUGCGCUGGAAGAGUCAACCGGUGAAAUCAGGGGAAGAUACGGAUUAAGUAAAUUGAUAAUUUGGUCUUUUUAAUUGAUUGAUUGAUUGAUUGAUUGAUGGGUUGGUGUUUAUCAGACGUUGCCAAUGGUAGAAUGCCUGUAGCCAUAAUGAUGUAUGUAGAUUAUUUUGUUAACCAAUAGAUCAAUUACUCAAAUCAAAGCAUUUUGUAAUCUUCAAUCACAGUGCACUCUGCAUACCAAACUCAAUAUAUAGCUAAAUGUUGAGCAGAGAAAAUGACAAAAUACCAGAAUACAUGGCAAUCUUGUGAAAUAUUUUAUGAAUGUACAUGCAACAUCUUGCACAUUUUGAGAGUAACUUCACACUGUUGAAAAGCAAUGUUUGGUUGGAAGCCGGUUUCUGUUUCAGAUAAAUUAAGAAAAUAUUGUCAGGAGUGUUGAGUUACUCUUUAAACUCAUGGCUCAACUAAACAGAUGUCUUGUUAUGUGAACAGUAAUGCCAUUCUUCACAUCCGGCUUGAGCACUUAGAUAAAUAACACUUACAUUGUCCAUUUUAUUGCUUAGUCUUUGAUGUCAGAGUGAUCUUAAUGUAGCUGCAAUAUCCACUUUAAACUCUGUUUAUUUAUACUGGUAUUUACUGUGUUCUUAAUCAAUUUUAUUUGACUUUUCAGGUAGUAUAUUCUCGAAUAUAACAUUACUUACAUUAGCUGUCUUUUGUGACUGUCUGUUGUGUACUUAAUUAGGUAA